CCCGAUUGGCUGCCUCGUUAGAGGCUCCGCCCGGUUCGUGCUGUGAGGGAGGAGAUCGGGGCUGGGCCGAGGGUCCCGGCCGCCCCCCUACCUUCCCUCCCACCGCACCCCGGUUAGGUUCCAGGGUAGCGGCGCGAUGGCGGCGGCGGCGGCGACUACAGCGGGCUCGCUGGGGUCCGGGUCAGGACCCGGGGGGGCGGCCGGUAAUGCUUUCCCCCCGAUGGGCACUUGCGCGGCGGCAUCGGGAGUCUCUGGGGGGCUCGGGCCGGUCCCGGUGCCCAUGAACCUCUUCGCCACCUGGGAAAUCGAUCGCUCAGCGCCCAGCUGCGUGCCCAGACUGUGCAGCCUUCGCCUGAAAAAGCUGACGGUGCUGCGGGAACUAGACAAGGAGCUUAGCUCUGUGCUCAUUGCUGUGAAGAUCCAGGGCUCAAAAAGAGUCUUGAGAUCCAAUGAAUAUGUUUUACCACCUGGAGGCUUGAUGGAGACUGAUCUGGAGUUAACAUUUUCACUGCAGUAUCCACAUUUCCUGAAAAGAGAUGGUAACAAGCUCCAGAUCAUGCUGCAACGCAGAAAGAGGUACAAGAAUCGAACUAUUCUGGGCUACAAGACUCUGGCAGUGGGCAUCAUUAACAUGGCUGAGGUCAUGCAGCACCCAACAGAUGGAGGGCAACUUUUGGGUCUUCAUAGCAACAUCAAGGAUGUGAGCAUCCGUGUGGCUGAAAUCAGCAUCUACUCACUUUCUAGUCAACCUAUUGAUCAUGAAGAUGGAAAUGUCCCCUCUGGUCCCAAAAUCAAGGCAUCUGAUCGCUCUCCAGAUAUUGAUAACUAUUCUGAAGAAGAAGAUGACAGCUUUUCCUCUGAGCAGGAAGCCAGUGAUGAUGCAGUACAGGGCCAGGAUUUAUAUGACGAAGAGGAUGAAAUGAGGAAGCCAAAGAAAGCCAGGCGGAAAAUGAUCCGAACUACAUCAAUGACCCGACAACCAAACUUCAAGCAGAAAUUUGUUGCCUUGCUGAAGAGGUUUAAAGUGACAGAUGAGGUUUUGGAUUCUGACCCAGUGGAUCAGACCCAAGAAGUGGAGGAAGACCUUGGUCUGCUGUAUGACAGCCUUGAGGAAUGCAACAAUAGUGACAGCGGCCCUGAGAUUGAAGAUAAUGAAAGUGUUCAUAGCACUCCUAAACCAACGUUGAGGCGCUUCUUUGAGGGCGUCUCUCACUCUGGUUCCCAGACUGAGAUCAGCAGUCUGCACAGCCAAAAAGGGCAGGAGCGAGAGUCGGGCAGCCCUGGAGAAGCAGAGAAGUGGAAAGUGGGUAUCCCACACACCCAAGAUGAGGCUGCUGUGGAAAAUGCAGCUAUGGAGCUGGAGGCAAACGAUUCCUGUCCAGGAGGAGCAGCUGAGACGGUAUUGAAGGAGAGCAGCAUGGACAGGCUUGCCCAACUGAGCAAUGUAAGCAAGCCGGAGUUCCCAGCCACUGUUUCCCCCAGCAAAGCUGAGAACAAGCAGCUUUGGCGACCUCGCAGUAUGUCUGUCAAGGAUAGACAAAACUCCAAGAGCCACAGUGACCGAACUGGUAGCCUGGACAGUGAGGGCUCCCCUGAUUCUCGGCAGAACAGCCAGGUGCCCCGGAAAUCUGUGUAUGAUCAGCUCAACCAGAUCCUGGUCUCAGACGAGCAGCUGCCUGAGAGCAUCAUCCUGGUGAACAUCUCGGAGUGGCAAGGCCAGUACCUGUGUGAUCAGCUCCAAGAACACAAGCAACCCAUGGUCUCCACCUGCUCCAUGGCAGAUGUACAGGCUGCCUUCAACACAAUUGUUUCUCGCAUUCAGAGAUACUGUAACUGUAAUUCCCACAUGCCUCCUCCAGUGAAAGUAGCUGUGGCAGGGGAUCAGAGCUAUCUGAGCAUCGUCCUGCGCUUUUUUGUGGAGCAACUAGCCAGCAAGACUCCUGAUUGGCUGAACUACCUCCGUUUUCUUGUGGUGCCCUUGGGCUCUCACCCCUUGGCCAAGUACCUUGGUUCAGUUGAUAAUAGAUACAGCACUCUGUUUCUGGAUGCAGCCUGGAGAGAGCUCUUUAGCAGAGUUGAAGCCCCUAGUUCAGAUACUGUGGACAUCCCUGGGCGGGUUGCUCAGUUCAUUACAGGUGCCAGUGUAUCUCACCAGCUACCCAUUUCAGAGGCCAUGUUGACCUACAAACAGAAGAGGAAAAGAAGCCUCUAUUUUGAUUUUUAUAUCAGCCCAGAUGAGGAUUCCUGUCAGAAAUUUGUGCCGUUUGUUGGGGUGGUGAAAGUGGGACUUGUGGAGCAGUCCUUCAGCACUUCAGUUGAUUCUGAUGAUGCUACCAUCUGUUCCACCUCACUGCUGAGCUCAUCAUCUCCAUCUGGUGGAGGGAUCCCUUAUACCAAGGAAGCUGUAGGAACCCCUCCGCCCUCUCCCUCUGUCAGCAGUGGGCUCUCAGGAACUGGGAAUUUGAGCCCAGGGGUGGAGGUGAUGGGACUGCAGGUCGACUACUGGACAGCUCAGGGGCCAGAGAAGAGAAAAGAGGCUGAAAAGCGGGAAAUAGGCAUCAAGAACACCCUGAAAAGCAACUUCCGCUCCCUGCAGGUCAGCCGCAUCCCUAGUCCAGGAGAGCUCACUCCACCUAACACCAUGGCCAUGACUGUGGUCACCAAGGAGAAAAACAAAAAAGUGAUGUUCCUGAGUAAGAAACCUAAGGAGAAGGAUUUGGAACCCAAAAGCCAAGUGAUUGAAGGGAUUACCCGCCUGAUCUGCACAGCCAAGCAUCAAAACACCAUGUUGCGUGUUUGUAUUGAUGGUGUGGAGUGGAAUGAUGUGAAGUUUUUCCAGCUGGCUGCACAGUGGCCAACACACGUCAAACAUUUUCCGAUAGGUAUCUUUGGCUACUCAAAGAAUGUGUGAUAUGAAACAAGCAGUAUAGAAGAAUCCGGGCUCGGCCAGAUAGACCAGAGGAGGAGUAUCCACUUCCUUUGCUUCUGAAGACUGACUGCCCAUACAGAGCCGACUCUGGCAAGGGCUCUACUUGCUCCAUUUGUUCUGUGCAGGGAGCAUCCCAAUUUGCUUUAUGUCUCACCCAUGAGUUUUUUAGUUUAACAUGAACUUGGGUUGUAGGAAAGGGAAGGAAGCAGAUGCACACACAAAAAAAUAAGAGAGAAAUGGCUUUUCAACACAGACUCUUGAGACUAGAAUAUCAGGCCUGUCGUCUUUGUUCAUGUGACAUUGGGAAUGAAAGAAGCUGAGCAGGGUUGAAUAGCUUCCCAAGUUGCUUGAGGAAGAUGGGACAGAGUUCCUUUCCAUGCCUUGUCUAGCUGGCUUGGGCAAUAAAUGGGAAGGCAGGUCCUCUUUUAACUUGCUGCUACCUUGUAAAUCUCUAAUGGGGAAAAAUGUGUGUUAACACCCUUUUCCUAGAAUUGCUUAGCCAGGCUUGCCCAGAACAUUCUAGACCAGUUGACCUCUGCUCACAAGUACCAUUUGGCAGUCCUCUUUCUUAGAAUUCACCGAGGGCUCCUGCGUCUUGGCAUCUUGUAGUUUCUUUUUAACAUGAAGCCACUUUCCCGUCUCUCCUCUUAUUUGGAGUGGAGCUGGCAUCGUUUGACUUCUCACACAAUUGUGUAGAGCAGAGUAUCUAACACAAGAAUAAGGGGAUGACAACUGAGACCAGCAUGAUUUCUGGAUCUGCUCCAGAGGCUGCUUGAGAGGAGGUGGUAUACGAGCCAUUUUGUGUUAUUCUUACCUUGCUCAAACUUUUCUUAAGGAAGCAGCUAGAGGAACCGUUUCCUCCAUUCAUGAGCUGUGAGCACAACAGAAGGAGAUGGCACAUAACUGGACUUCAGCAAGGAGAAAAUGGUCCAGGCUGUGCCAUGAACCAGCAGGCAGGAGUACUCUUUUCCAGCAAAGGGAAGAAUCAUAGAAUAGAUUCUGAAUGAACACUCUUUCAAUAAAAUAGAGAGAAAAAUCUUUGCUAAGCAGUAUUGGGGAGGGGAAGAUGGAAUGGGGCAGGUAGGCUUAAGCUCUCCUUUGGAGUAAGAAAAUGUUACUUAAGGGAUGGGAUUAGGCCAUUUUCUCCCCAGAAGCAUUUUAGCUAUGCGUAAAUAUUGCAUAUUUGUUUUCUUUGCCUGUACCACACUGCUGUGCCCUGCUAUAUAGGUAAGGUCAAGUACUAAUAUCUAAAGCUCAUGGAAGUGGUAGGGCAAGCUGGGCCCCUCCCACCUCUGUUCAGAUGAAGAAAAAGGUGCUCUCAUGUGAUGGAACCAGCUUAUGAAUCAAUACACUCCAUUUAUUGCCAGCAAGAGUGCUCCCUUCCUCCUUUCCCCAAAUCAGCACUUUGCCUGGACAGGUCUCAGGGUAGUUACUACAUCCACAAGUUGCAUCCAGUUCCACCUUUGCUGUGUUGUAAUAGAUCUGUGGCACUGACAGACUGAUGAAGCUGGCAAGUAUAAGAUCCGCUGGCCAGUUCAGGUGCAAUGAUGUGCCGGGGGGGGGGGGGGGGAUAGCCAUAGACCUUCAAAAUUGCUUAAAUUGAUCAGGAGGGAUUGAAGAAACGAAUUUGUGAAAAUACAGCGAGUGUCAGAAGGCAGCUACUAGUGCCUCCUUUCCUUCCCUAGGUGGAUUCACAAAUGUCCCCAUUCAUUCUCUUAUCCCUAAAUCAUGCAGGCUCCAAAGGCCAGGACCACUACCUUCCUGGAGCUUGUAUCACUAGAACUGCCAAACCAAUGUCCCCUGCCUUGAAAGUGUGUCCUACCGAACUUAAGAGACCUAAACUGUGGUAUUGCGCCUGCCUGGCGAAUGCAGCUGCUCGUGGUUAGGAGAGCAGGGAGGGUGGGUAAAUCCCAUUUUUUACAAGAUUCUAUUUUUGUUAAUGUAAGGUUGCUUUCUGGAUUAAUUUUAAUAAAUUAAUGCUGGUACCAUUGUGA